UUUUCAGUGAGCCUGAUCAGACUGUUGGUCCCAGUGAAGGGCUUAUUUGGAGGGUUCAUAGGACAAGAAUAGAUGCCUCAAUUUGGACCCACAGAAACACACACAUUAAGUGACAGUGGCUGUCCAGUGACACUUGGGCAGGACCUUUUGUUAAUGUAUCUGAUAAUGCUCUCAAAGGUCAGAGUCUGCAUGUAACAGGUGUUUGCCCCUUGGUAGUAGAGUCUUGCCACAUCCACUCGAUGUGGAAAAUGCGCUUUAAAGCCCCAGACUUUUCUCUGCUGAUAAGCAGGGCUCACUCCUGGCCCAGUUCACUUCAAUUAAAGAUUUGUAAGUAAAGUAAUGCUUGAGUCCUUUUCUUUCUUAGUAAUUCAGUUUCAUAAGUCUCAUUGUAAGGAAGUUCUUUAUCAAAUAUUAUGUCUGAGGUUAAAAAAAAAAAAGCUAGGCCCAAGUUCAUCUAGCCUGAACAAGAUACAAGGAGGAAGGCAAGAGUGGGUGACUUGUGGCCAUCCACUGAAGUCUAAUUCCAUGACCUUGCCAGGAGACCCUCCCCUCACCAUCCUCUCCCUCAACUCUCCUCCCUGCCCUGUACAGCACUUGUCAGGGAUAGGGAAUUUUAGAUGGAGAAUUUUAACCCUUUCCUGCUCAGAGCAUGUGUGGAUCCCCCUAUCUGUGCAGAUGGCAAGGCCCCGCCCCCCGUCCCUCACUCCAGCCUCUUGAGCUCAGAGCCAGUGUAAUCCUCCUCUUGUGUGAGGAAGCCUCUCCCCUGCAGAGAGGAGGAAAGCCUGCCUCGGAACAGCUCUGGACAAAGGGGCUGAGAUGCCCCAUCAAACCACUGGCUCCAAGGUUUGAAACGGGGUGAAACCUAAAUGGGAUCUGCCGUUUUUAACCCCUUCCCUAGGCUGCUAGUGCCCCUUAACUUCCACGCCUCCCCCAACUCUCUUCAUUCCCUCUGUAGCUGGCUCUCCCUUCACGCCCCUCCCCCUCCGUCUCCAGACUCUGCUGCUGGGAGGUGUUUCUCUCCCAUGCAUGAAUGAGUCUCUGUAAUGAAUGGAAAUGAAUGGAUCAGGAAUCCAGGAAGGGGGAGGGGGAAGAGGAAAGACCAGAAGACUGGGUGCCGGCAAAAGCAAGGAGGAGGAACCUGGAGGGAUUUUGGCUGGCUGGGCCUGGGUCUGAGGAGCUGGUACCACUUGGAUAACAGGAGUAUGGCUAGCCCUCCACAUUUGUUUAUCCAGUGGCACAGCCCAAUGCAAGUGGAAGAGGGCACCUCCGCACCUGUUGCCUUCAUUAGCAGCUUUCCUUCCUCCUCCUUCCAACCCUCAGAACCAAAGAAUGUGAAGGGGUCCAUGGAGGGCUCACGUCCCCGCAUCUUGGUCGGCCACCUAGAGCCUUCCCCACCAGCCUUCGACGGCGAGCUGGAUCUACAGCACUACUCCAACGGACCGGGUGUGAGCACCGGGUCGCCUGGGAUGGGAGCAGUGGGCUGGUCUGAGACUCGUGCAGGCGAAAGGCGCUUCCCCUGUCCUGUGUGCGGAAAGCGCUUCCGAUUCAAUUCCAUCCUGGCUUUGCACCUGCGAGCCCACCCCGGCGCCCAAGCCUUCCAGUGCCCACAUUGUGGCCACCGCGCGGCUCAGCGGGCCCUGCUGCGCUCACAUCUCCGAACGCACCAACCUGAGCGUCCACGAAGCCCUGCUGCACGCCUGUUGCUGGAGUUGGAGGAACGUGCCCUGCUGCGUGAAGCCCAACUGGGGAGAGCCAGAAGCUCAGGGGGCAUGCAGGCCACCCCAGUCACAGAGGGCGUGGCACGCCCUCAGGUUCCUUCCUCGUCUGCCUUCCGUUGCCCUUUCUGCAAAGGCAAGUUUCGCACCUCAGCGGAGAGGGAACGCCACCUGCACAUCCUGCACAGGCCCUGGAAGUGCAGCUUGUGCAGUUUUGGCUCCAGCCAGGAGGAGGAGUUGCUGCACCACAGUCUGACGGCCCAUGGGGCUUCCGAGCGCCCCCUGGCGGCUACUUCGACGCCAGAACCCCAGCCUCCACCCCAGCCAGAACCCAGAUCUGCCCUUGAGCCUGAGCCUGAACCUGAACCUAGGCCCGAGCCUGAACGUGAGGCGAACCCUGCCCCAACUCCUGCACCUCCGGAGGAACCCCCUGCGCCACCUGAGUUCCGUUGCCAGGUGUGCGGCCAGAGCUUUACACAGUCCUGGUUCCUCAAGGGUCAUAUGCGCAAGCACAAGGCCUCUUUUGAUCAUGCGUGCCCCGUGUGUGGCCGCUGCUUCAAGGAGCCCUGGUUCCUUAAGAACCACAUGAAGGUGCACACCAGCAAGCUGGGCCCUUUGCGUUCCCCGGGGCCUGGCUCUACCCCUGCCAGGGCCCCUCAGCCUCCUGACCUGAGCCUGCUGGCUUAUGAGCCUCUGGGCCCUGCGCUCCUACUGGCCCCAGCACCCACCCCGGCUGAGCGCCGAGAGCCCCCAAGCCUCUUAGGCUACCUGAGUGUACGAGCUGGGGAAGUACGACCCAAUGGUGAGGGUGCGGACCCUGGAGCUGGCCGAAGCUAUGGAGGAGGAUUCCGCCCGCUGCCUUCAGCUCUUCCCAAUCGUGCCCGGCGACACCGUACAGAGGAACCAGAGGAGGAGGAAGAGGUGGUGGAGGCGGAAGAGGAGAGCUGGGCCCGGGGCAGGUCGCUGGGCACUCUGACUUCCCUGCACCCCCACCCAGGUGAGGGGUCAGGACAACCUGCACCUGCCAUGGGGACCCAGGCAAGACCUACGGCCACCCAAGAAGAAAAUGGGCUGCUGGUUGGAGGGACCCGAUCCGAAGCGGGCCGUGGGGCCACUGGCAAAGACUGCCCCUUCUGUGGAAAAUCUUUCCGCUCGGCGCAUCACCUGAAAGUGCAUCUUCGUGUGCACACAGGUGAGCGUCCCUACAAGUGUCCACACUGCGACUAUGCAGGUACCCAAUCAGGCUCGCUCAAGUAUCACCUUCAGCGUCACCACCGAGAGCAAAGGAGCAGUGCAGGGCCUGGGCCUCCUCCAGAACCCCCGCCCCCUUCCCCACGGGGCUCUGCCUCACUGCAGCCGCAGUCAGGAGCCAAGCCAACUCAGGCCUCUGCCACCUGGGUGGAGGGCACUGCAAGUACCCGGCCUUCUUCAAGCAGCACCGGAGCAGGGUCCCGUAGGAAGCCUGCCAGCCCUGGGAGGACCCUGCGCAACGGGAGAGGUGGUGAGGCCGAGCCCCUGGACCUGUCCCUACGGGCAGGCCCGGGAGGUGAAGCCGGAUCAGGGGGUGCCCUUCACCGCUGCCUCUUCUGCCCCUUUGCCACUGGAGCUCCUGAGCUCAUGGCCUUGCAUCUGCAAGUACACCACAGCCGUCGGGCUCGGGGCCGCCGGCAGCCCCGGCCUGACACAUCUCCACCCUAUGCCCGAGCACCAUCAGGAGAAACGCCUCCCAGCCCUCCACUAGAAGAGGAGGGCAGCCCUGGGCUGUCUAGAUCUGGGGAGGCAGGUCUUGGGGGGCAGGAACGGUAGGGAGCCCUGUUAGGAGUGAUUAGCUUAGUAAGCUUACCCCGCAGGAGCAGGGAAGCGCUAGAGGUAGUUGGGUAGAGCAGCCAGCAGGGAGCAGUGUGGGACCCGUAUCCCAGCCCAAGGUGGACCAAGAGAUAAAGUGGGCAGUGGGUGAAGGAGGGUGGGCAAGCAGUACCCACCCAGCCCAGGGGAGUCACAGUGCCUUAGAAGUGGCAGAGGUGAGGGUCAAAGAACGGGGUCCUAGGGCUGGUAGAGGAUGUGUUCCUGGUGAGGAACCACUCUGCCAGUUUCUGCUGGUCCAUAGGCAUGAGAGUUUAUUUUUGUAUAAGGGGUGGGGGUGGGGGGCACUGUACCCUUCUAGCCCUGUCAGGGGCCCUGUAGACGUUGCUAUUUUUGGUACGAUUCCUGUCAUCCCUGUUGAAGAGUCAUGUCCCCAAUAAACAGGUGUCUUGAGGCACAA